CUCCUCCCCCGCCGCUCCUCCGUCCCCAAAGCCCGCACCGUCCUCAAACCCCCGGAGCGCCCCAUCGCCCUGCGCCGCGAAUACAUCACUGACACAAAAACCCUCCUCACCCUCAACCCACAAGGCGGUUCCAACUCCUCAAAGGCCUAUACUAUACUAGAUGAUGAAGGCGCGGUCAUGUUCACGGUAACGGGGUGGAAGUUCAGCGACAGGAGUUGCCGCGAGUUCCGCGAUGCGUCGGGAUUACCGCUGUUCGAGCUGCAUCGGACUUGGUUCAAGUUUAGGCAUAAGUGGUGUGUUACAUUGCCGGGAGUUAUGCCUGGUAGAGGUGGAAGCAGUAGUGGUGGUGGUGGGUUUGGGGAUAGCUGUAAUAACGGGGGUGUUCUUGCGACGGGGUCGCAUCGGAUUCGGGCUCUUGGGUAUAAGCCUUGUGGGGGGUUUAGUAUUGGGAUUGAGAGGAAUGCUGCUGCUGCGGAUACAAAGAAGGAGGAUGAUAAGAAGCUUACGCUGAAUAUUGAGAGAUAUGGGAAUGUGUUGGCGUUAUUUGACGUUGUCGAUGGGGAUCGCAAAGUUGCCCAGGUGCGCGAAAGUAUCGAACAUAACGAGAGACUGGCCCUAAUCAGUUCGCGUGCGGACUAUCGCCCUGUAUUUGAUGUUAUCGUCACGUCCGGGGUGGACUUGUCUUUGAUUGCUAUCAUUGCGGUGAUUGCGUCGGAUUCUGUUUUUACAGCGAAU